CAUGAGCUGCCUCUGCCUGUCUGCAUCCCUUCUCGUCCUCCUCGGCACCCUGGUGGCCGGCACCCCGGGGGGUGAAACCAGCAACCAGGCCCAAGACACUGGUGGUUUCAGUUCAGACCCCGUAGACCGAGCUGUGAUCACCAUUCUCAUAACUGACCCAGAGCCCCUCCCAGUCCCGGCAGCCCUGCGCCCUGCCUUGUGCCUGGAGCCUCCCUACACGGGUCCCUGCAGGGCCCUGUUCAUCAGAUACUUCUACAACGCCAAGUCUGGGCUCUGCGAGACCUUCGUUUACGGUGGGUGCAGAAGGAAGCAGAACAACUUCCUGGAUAAGGACGACUGCAUCAGCACCUGUGGUGGCCGCAACAGGGCCCUAGGAGCGCCGGGCAGCUGGGCUCCCCUGAGAUGGUGACGUCCUAGGAGGCCCCACACAGGGCUGGGGUCUGGCUUCUGAAAGAGUUGAGCCUCUUCCUCUGCUUCCUUCUCAGACCUACCCUCCUCAGCAGAACCCUGCCUCUUUCCUCACCUUCAUCCCACUCUCCACCAUCACUGCACUCCUUGGAGGGGGCAGCGAUGGAAGUUCUGGCAUCCAGUUCUGAGCGUCAGUGGUGGCAGAGGAUUUUUCAAUAGAGAAACCCCUUUUCCCCACA